AUGCCUAGCCUCAUUGAGUGGAAGGGAAUGGAAUUGAUACCAACAAGAAAUGGCGGUCGAGACAGAGUUGGAGUAAGAAUGUUUCCUGCGCUUGAGAAGUUGAGCAUUCGCAACUGUCAGCGGUUAAAAAGUACUCCAAAUCAAUUUGAAGUGCCAUUGUUGACCUUGUGCAGCAACUUGACAUCUCUUGUAGAGAUUAGUGUCUAUGAUGUGAAAGAGCUCACUUGUCUUCCAGAUGAGAUGUUGUUACACAACAACAGUUUUUCCCUUCAACAUCUAUAUGUCUCAAGUUGCGAAAAGUUUCGUGAAUUGCCACAAAGUUUGUACAAUCUCCAUUCUCUUAAGAGCUUAGAGAUUAUUGGGUGCAACAAUUUCAGUUCCGUUCCUGUUCCCAGUGGAGAGAAUCAUUUGACCAGUUUACCAAGUGGAAUGCUAGAGCAUUGUCGGUCUCUGGAAUCUUUGACCGUCAGCGGCUGCAACAACUUAGUUUCCUUGCCUUUACAAAUGCCUUCACUUUCAUAUUUAAGUAUAUCAGAAUGUCCCAAGUGUACCCGCAGGGGGGCUUCGCCAUCUCACUGGGUUAAGGUAUUUGUAUAUAGGUCCUUUCUCAGUGUUGGUGGAUUUUGA